CAGACAGGCAGUAUCGGUUCGAGCGCGGCCGGUUCUGGCUGUAGGAACAACUUACAAGAUUUUCAGUUCUCAUUCAGUUAUCGCGUAACCGUAGUGAAAAUAGCACGCGUUUCGGUUUCAAUAAUAAUAUUAUCGCCGGCCUUCUGUCGUCUAUUUCGAUUCGUUGUGCGACCAACAUUUGACAUUUGGACCCAUAAAUAAGCAGUAAGAACACAACACAGACAUGUCAGCAGCGGUAGAGAAUAGUCCCGCGGUGGAGGCGCUGGUCAACGGCCACGCCGGCCCCUACCUCAACGGCGCGACCAACGGCACCACCAACGGCACGACCAACGGCGCAGCCCUGACCAACGGCGCUCUGACCUGGGAGCAACAGUUCCUGCCGCCCGCGCUGCAUCUGGACGACAGGGCCAGAGCUAUCAAGAUCUGUCAGCGGCUGUCGGGGCUGGUGCUGUGCGGCGCCACGCUGCGGCGCGUGGGCGAGGUGUUCCAGCGCGAGCUGGAGAGCGGCCUGCGCGAGCGCCCCUCCAGCCUGCAGAUGGAGAACACAUACGUGCCGGAACUGCCCGACGGCACCGAGGAAGGAGUGUUCCUAGCGCUGGACCUGGGCGGCACCAACUUCCGCGUGCUGCUGCUGGAGCUGCGCGCCGGCCAGCUGCUGCGCGAGGAUGUCAAGCACUACCACAUCAGUGACGCCCUGCGUGUCGGCUCGGGCGAGGAGCUGUUCAACUUCCUGGCCGACUGCGUGCAGGACUUCGUGCAGGCCGAGGGCAUGGAGAACGAGCAGAUGUCACUGGGUUUCACAUUCUCGUUCCCGAUGAAGCAGCACUCGAUCUCGUCGGGCGAGCUGAUCACGUGGACGAAGAGCUUCAAGUGCGGCGGCAUGGCCGGCGUGGACGUGGCGGCGCUGCUGCAGCGCUGCCUGCUGCGGCGCGGCCUGCGCGUCACCGUGCAGGUGCUGCUCAACGACACCACGGGCACGCUCGUCGCCGGCGCGCACUCCGACCCCGACGUCGCGAUAGGGGUGAUCCUGGGCACGGGGUCCAACGGCUGCUACAUGGAGAAGGCGGAGCGCGUGCAGCACUGGGAGGCCAAGCACGACCGCGUGCAGGACGUGGCCGUCGACAUCGAGUGGGGGGCGUUCGGCGACAACGGCUGCCUGUACUUCCUCAGAUCUGAGUUCGAUAAGGAGGUCGAUGACAACUCCUUGCUGCCUACGUCGUUUACUUUCGAGAAGUACAUCGGCGGCAAGUACCUGGGCGACGUGCUGUGCGCGGCGCUGCGCGGCCUGGCGCGCGACGCGCUGUUCCCCGCGCCGCCCCAGUGGGGCAGCCUCACCUCCGCACACCUCAGCUUAUUUGAGGAAGAGAACCUGGUGGGCGCGUGGGCGCAGACGCUGGAGGCGCUGCGCGCGGCGUGCUGCGGCGCGCCCGUGUCGCGCCACGACGCGCUGGUCGCGCAGCACGUGGCGAGGAUCAUCUCCAACCGCGCCGCGCAACUCGUCUCUGUCUGCAUAGCCACCCUGCUGCGUCGCAUGAACCGAGCGCACGCGGCGGUGGCGGUGGACGGCUCCGUGUUCAAGAAGCAUCCGCGCAUCAGCUCGCUCAUGGAGAAGUACAUCGCACUGCUCGCUCCACACCACAAGUUCACACUGCAAGCGGCAGAGGACGGCAGCGGCAAGGGCAGCGCGCUCACCGCCGCCAUCGCCGCGCGCGUCGCCGCACGCUCUCCCUAGCCGCCUGCCGCCGCGUCGUCACCGGUGACUCAACUCAUCACACACCAUCACAAUGCACCUAUUGGCUCGGGAUAACGAUAAAUUAUCCAUCUCACGAUUUUUAUCUAAUAUCCCACACAUUUGACGCUAGAAGAAUUUAAAAACUUCAAUUGUACAUUUUAGUUAAUUGCGGGAUCUAAGUUUAUUCUUUUCGUCGGUAAAACUAAGUAUAGCUCUAAAUCUUCAACAUUACGAUGCUUGACGCAGCUCUUGCGAUCAUGUAAGAAGAGUGAAAGACAUUGAUUUUUUAAGUAUUUUAUCACUUCAAAGCUUACGUUUUUGUUAUAAAAACUCAAAGAUUGCGGUUGUUAAUAAAUUAAUUUAAUUUGAAUUAUUUCAAUACGGUUAAUGUUAUUUCUGGUUUGACUAGCGCCAAAUUACCUGCAUUAUAGGGCAUUUCGAAAUAAUUUCCUAGCAAGAACUUCUUUACGGUUUGCAUUCCAUGUUUGUUGUUUAUAGAUUUAUAAUUACGAGAUAUGUAUGCACAUAUUAUUUGUUACAUGAUACUCUAAAGUGCAUUUUUCAUAAAGAAUGUCUACCUUUAACACAGAUUUAAAAUAUAACUGUACAUAUCACCUUGCGUCGAAGACAUUCAUAAUAUUUGCGAGGUUGUUUGACCCUAUGGCCAUUUUUGGUAUUAUUUCAUCAUUCAUAGGAUACUUGUAUGGUACUCGUUUAUCAGCGAAUUAUCUAAUGUUUUUUUUUUUAUUUCUUGACACUGAAACUGAUUAAUGGAUAUGAUAUCAUACGUGUCAAAGCAGACAAAAUUCGUCUAAAAAAGGCUGUUUGUGAAAAUUACUGAAAGUGUGUAUUAAUUAAUUAUUAGGGUUAGAUUUUAGAGUUGUGUAUAUUGUAUUGUAUCUAUUGAUUGAGGAUUAGGAUGUAUAAACCCCGACGAAGUAGGUACGUCACAUACCUACUGAUUCAGGUUAAUAACAAUCGUUUAUUAAAAGUUGAUAAUUUAUUAUUAAACCACGAAAGGUUUAAUAAAAAUUAGAAACAAAAAUCAAAAGAUAAUAAUCUUUGUUCACAUACGAGGGUAGAGAUACACAUUGACGGGCGAUGCCAAGUCUAUAUUGUGUUAAUAAUAAAAUGAGUGUAUUAUGGAUUAAACUUAUGGCUUGCGGUAACGACGGAUGUUGUGGAGGUUUGCUGCAGAUAAUUUGUUGUAAAGUUAUAUACAUUUUGUUUAUACAAUUAUAAUUAAGUUAAAUAUUACUUGUGCCAUACUCAUUAGUUGUAAUGAUAACUGUAAACAGCAGAGCUUGCUAAUCUUCUCAACACAACUACCCUGUGAUCUAUUGGACUGGAAUUUUUGAUUGAUAAAUAUUAUGUUUUACAGCUUGAUUAGUACUAUCUAAUUUAAUCUUUACACUUUAAAUUAUUAUCUUCUUACUAUCUUUACAAACAGAUAUAAAGAAAAUUAUAUACCUAAUUGAUUACGGAAUUUGUUAUGAGUAUCUUUAAUGAUUAUAAAAUUGACAGCGUUUUUGCGCAUACCAAAAUAUUUAUCGAUUAAUCGAAUUUCAAUCCGAUCCCAGAAUGUGACCAAUUAGUUAACACAAGCACCUGCCCUAAGUGGAAUAAUUCACUGUUAUAUCGUAGUCAUAGUCAACAUAAAAGUAGCUCGUUAAUUUAGUUUAGAAGUAUCAGGGUUGGGCCGAGCUAGCUAGAUAUUAGAAAAAAUCAAAAGACUUGUAAAACGGCAACUUUUGUAUAGAAACGUUUACUGUAAUGAUAACCGUAUUAUAAUUUAUACAAUAGUUAAAUGUAACUAUUAUUUUGUGUAGAAAGUAGGUAUAAAUAAUGAAAUGAUAUUUUUCGAAAUAAUAUCAUUAAGAUAUAAUUGUUAUUUAAAAUAUUAUGAUUGAUUGUAAAGCUAUCGAGUAAUUGUUAAGGCAUCGACAUUCAAAUUAUUGUAUCUUGCAUUAUCAUUUAUCUGACGUACCUAUCUAACAUUUUUGAUAAAUGUUCUGUUGUACUCUCAUUAUUUAUUUAUUUUUGGAAAAUAUUUACCUGAGUAUAAAAGGUAAUUUAACUCAAGAAGAUUCGUAAAUACCUAUACUCUUGAGAGAAUAACAAGGUGUUUCGACAGUAAAACAUUUUAUUUUAUUAAGUAGUUAUAGCCUUUUAUUUAUUUACAAAAACAUAAAAAUUACAUUAAGUUUAAUAAAACAUAUCUUAACUAUUAAAGGUUCAACAUAUAAACUAUUUUUUACUAGUAAACAUUCAAAUUAUAUCAUUAUUGAAGUUAUAUU